AUGCCUCCUACAAUACAAAAUUUCGUUCCACAGCUGAAAUCUGUAGCUUUGAUCCCGAUACUUCUGCUUGCAUCUUUCAUCGCUUGGAUCAUCUAUGCUAGGUACUUCCAUCCACUAGCCAGAUACCCGGGACCCUUUUUUGCCUCCAUAACUCGUCUUUGGCACAUCAUCGAUGUGGCUCAAGGUAGUUCUGAUAAGACACAACGGAAACUGCACGAUAAAUAUGGGCCGAUUGUUCGGAUAGCCCCAAAUGAAGUCGCUAUAGCGGAUCCAGAAGCCAUUCGAACCAUCUAUUCUGCCCAAUCCGGAUUUACUAAGACCGACUUCUACCUCCCUUUUCGAGCAGACUGGGCUAGAUACCCAGACGCCUUUACCAAUCUAGAUGAGCGCCAACAUGCCGAGAGACGCAGAAUCGUCAAUUCAGUCUACUCCAUGUCCAACGUCGUGCAGCUCGAAGAAGACAUUGACAAAUGCGUACAGCUCCUCAUAACCAAAUUCACAGACCGCACAAAGAAAGGUUCAGUCAUCGACAUGUCAGAAUGGGUACAAUGGUAUGCAUUCGACGUAAUCGGCAAGUUGUUUUUCAGCAACCCCUUCGGCUUCCUGCAAAAUGCCCAUGACCAUGCCGGCUACAUCCACGCCCUCGACCUCCUCAUCCCCUUCAUUGCAGUCGCCUGUGCUGCACCCACCUACCUGCGCCCCCUCAUCCUCGUUAGUGGCGCCGCCGUCCCACGCGUAUUUAAAGCACUCAAGGCUCUCAAGCACAUCGAAUCCGCAUCUGGAGCUUGCGUCGUGCAGCGCCAACACCUCAUUGCUGAUGGGAAAGCAGAGGAGUGCGAGGAUAUGCUACAGAGUUUCUUUGAUAUCAUGCGGGAGAAGGGACAUCAGAAGGAUUUCGGGAUUACGGAGGUGAAGAUGGAGGCGUAUGGCGCUUUUAUUGCGGGCUCCGACACCACUGCCGCAGCGAUAACGUCGAUUCUAUAUCACCUCAUGCGCACGCCAUCGGCAUACGCUAAGCUCACGGCUGAAAUCGAUGAGGCGGAGCAAGCUGGGUUGCUCAGCCAGGAUAUCCAGUAUCAUGAGGCGGUUGGGCUGUCGUAUCUCGUGGCGUGCUGUAAGGAAGGGAUGCGAUUGCAUCCUAGCGUUGGUAUGACGUUGCCUCGUCGUGUGCCUCGCGGUGGUUGCGUUAUCGCAGGGCAAUGGUUUCCCGAGGGAACGCGGGUUGGUGUCAACGCGGCGGUUGUACAGCGUGAUCGUGGUGUUUUUGGGCACGAUGCAGAUGAGUUUGUGCCAGAAAGGUGGUUUAGACCUGAUGCGGCAAAGAUGGAAAGGUGUAUGUUUCAGUUUGGUGGUGGUUCGAGAACUUGUAUUGGCAAGAAUAUUUCGCUUUGCGAAAUGUACAAAGUCAUUCCAUCGCUUCUCCGUUCAUUUGACCUGCAGCUCUUAGAACCUGAUCGGGAAUGGGAAACACGGAAUUAUUGGUUUAACAAGCCAAGCAAAGUGUACACGACGAUAAGGUGCAGGGAUUCAAUGUUCUCAGGACCCCCCUGA